UCACACUUAUAGACAGUCAUUCAAAUUUGAUCAUGUAUUAGUCAUUUUUGUAAGACAAAUUUCAACUGCAUAUAAUUCUUUACAUUAUGGUGACCGUUUUUACCUUUGCUCCGUUUCUGUGGUGGGCUUUUAGGAUGAGCUUAUAUUUCUGUGUUUCAGGCCUCAUGGUGUCCAAGGAGAGGCAGAAGUCUCACAAGUUUCUGUGUCUGCGGGUUGGCAAGGCCAUGAAGAAGACGUUUGUGUCCAACGCCAGUGCCUCCAUGCAGCAGUACGCACAGCGUGACCGUAAACAUGAGUACUGGUUUGCUGUUCCCCAGGAGAGGUCAGACCACCUGUACGUUUUCUUCAUCCAGUGGAGCUCGGAUGUUUUUGGGGAUGGGGUAGGAAGCAUCAGCCGUGAUCCUGGCUUCAUCGUGGUGAAGAAAAUCGAGGAGUCAGAGGCAAACGAGGAGCAGCAAACUGUAGAAAAUUCAGAUAAGGAGUGGGAGGUUUUUUGAAGUGUCUUUAUUGUGUUCCCCGCACUUCAAACACCUUCAUGCACCAGUCAUACGUUGUUGUCAGAGCUCCUGUAUUCAGUUUUGCUGAAUGUUUCUCAGACUGGGUUGUUUUGCACUUGGUCAAUAAGUUUCUUGUGAAACCAAGAUGCAUUGUGCACUGUGAGCUUGCAGCUGGUGUUUUGCAUGAGUGUGCAGUUGUUUCAUUAUUUUAGUUGUUUUGUUUUUUCAAGAAAGAGGCACAUGUAUGCAGUUUUAUGCAUGCAUGGAUCCCUCAGUCGUGUCUAAAAAGGCAUGGUUUAGCCCGACUAUGUCAUGCCUGAAUGAGAUACAAGCGAAUCAUGCCUAUAGGUGCAAGUGUUGCGUGGUGUUUCUUUUAUAAAGCUCAGUUUGAAUGUUUUACUGAUUGGAUAAUAGGAAACAUUACCACCUGAUAUUUCCCUGCAUGUUAUUGUGUUCUGGUAGCCAUAUUGAAACCAGUCUGUGGCACUGAGAAACCGAUACUACGACUGCGGCGGCAUUUAAAUUUGACUUUAAAUUAAUGAUGUAGGGAACAAAAUAGACUGAUUUGUUAUUCUGAAACUGGAAGAUCUUUGCAAAGCCACAUGAUCUUUUGAUAUGAAUAAGUAAAAUUAACUUCUCUGAUAAUGACCACAGGGGUGGCGUGAGUCAUGAACUCAACUGGAUAUUGUGACUGAGGAUACUCAGGGGGUCAAUUGUAACACUAAGCAAGCUAGAGUGUUGACACUUGUUUAGCACAUGCUCACUUGUUUUACUUUGUGAAACUGAU